CACAUCAACGAAUUGGCGUGAACAGCAGACUGUUUAACUCUCAACAUGGCAAAGACAGAAGGCAUCAAAAGAAAGUUAAAACCUGUGAUAGAGAAGAAGAGAAGAGAUCGAAUCAACCAUAAUCUGGACGCGUUAAGAGAUCUGCUUUUCAAGAACACAGCAGAUACGCGUUUACAAAAUCCUAAACUGGAAAAAGCAGAGAUUUUAGACCUUGCAGUUCACUACAUCAAGAAGACCACAAGAAAGACUGAGACAAAAGUGACGUCUAAUCAAAUGGAUUCUAAGACCCCUCCGAAUCAGUCUGAUAGGCCUAUAUCUGUUUCUGCAGGUCCCAUCCAUGCCAAUGACUUUUAUUGGAAGCAGAAGAAGGUUCUUCUGAAAGUAGGAAUCAGUCUUGAUGAUAACCUAACCGAUGCUUCCAAAGCAGGAAAUCAACCAGUGGUCCACACAGGCUUUCUUCUAUCACCAUCAACCCAGAACUAUCACCAGGAACUUCUUUUACGCCCUGAAUUGUCUUUGUAUGGCUCUAAACUUUUGUGUCAGUCGACUUCUCCCUCCAGUUCUCCAUCACAAUGUAGUUCCCCGCCAUCAUCUCCCACUUUUACCAGCGUAUCCUCCUCCUCUCCCAAUAAUUCCCCUGCACAUCCUUUCACAUCUUGUUCUCUACCUCCUCCUCCUGACCCAUUGUCUCCUCUCAUAACACCACUUUCACUCCAUAGACCUGUUAUUGUGUCUCAGCCCAUUCUGCCCCACAUGGCUAGAGAUUUUACCCCACCUCAGUCCCCUGUCCUGGCUCUUAGACAGGAACCGUUUCCUCUUCCAACCCAGUCCACAUGGAGACCAUGGAGCUGAACUUUUACCAUUUGGGUUUUUUUCCUUUAUUUAGGCACUGCUCCAAUGGAGAAAGGAUCAUGGUCUCUCAGAGGGACCUAAUGGACAUAUG